UACGACAAUUGUAGUCGCCUGAAAGUGAACUUCACUCUUUUAGAGCAUGGAUUACAUCAAUAUCAUUUGAUUUUGAGCAGUUUUUCGUCGACAGGAACAUCAACUUCAUUUGCAAUAAAGUUGUCGUCCACUGAGUUGAUUUCUUUGAUUUUCCAGACGCCAUAAACGAUGCCUUCGAACGUGGUCGAAUUUUUCUUGGGCGGGAUCGCAACGUGCGGCGCGGGCCUGUUUACCAACCCGCUAGAAGUGGUCAAAACACGCAUGCAGUUGCAGGGGGAAUUGAAGGCCCGCGGGACGUACCACCGCCAUUACCGGAACGUUUUCCACGCAUUUUAUACAAUUGCUCGUGUAGAUGGACUGCUAUCUCUGCAGAAAGGACUCGUCCCUGCUCUCUGGUAUCAACUUUUUAUGAAUGGAGCAAGGUUAGGGACAUACCAAUGCCUUGUAAAUAUGGGGCUAACAAAGAAUUCGAAAGGGGAGUUGAGCUAUCCGAGAGCCGUGGCCGCUGGGGCGUUUGCCGGAUGUUGUGGAGCUUUUGUUGGUAGUCCUUUUUAUCUUGUAAAAACACAUCUUCAAGCUCAGUCUCAUGAGGCCAUUGCAGUCGGCCAUCAGCAUACCCACCACGGCAUGACGCAUGGACUGCGUCUUAUAUACACCGAUGGGGGAUUCUUUGGGUUAUGGAGGGGCGUGUCAGCAGCCAUUGCUAGGGUGACUGUAGGAUCAGCGGCCCAGCUCUCGACAUUCAGUGCAACCAAAGAAUUGGUUAGAGAUAGCAAGUUUUUCCGAGAUGGCAGCAUCCUCAUACCGAUCACCUCCAGUAUGAUCAGUGGCGUUGUCGUCGUGUGUUGCAUGACACCGUUCGAUGUGAUAAGCACCCGUCUGUACAACCAAGGGGUGGAUGGGAACGGGCGUGGUCUUUACUACCGAGGGUUCCUGGACUGCUUCUGGAAGGUGUUAAUGAAAGAAGGACCAUUGGGUUUUUACAAGGGCUGGUCUGCAUCGUGGUUUAGGCUAGCGCCUCACACAGUUCUUAGUCUAGUCUUUUGGGAUCAGACUAGAAUGUUGUACCAGCAUAUUCAGGAGUCAUUAGCGAGCUGAUGAACAAGGUUCGAUUUAGAUUAAAGACAUCAAGUAGUCCCAAGUCUAGGUUUAGUUACGUGGGAAGCAGUUCACACAAAGCUUGGGUUGUAUGACCAAGGGCGGAAAUCUCUCCCCAAAGGUAGGAAUUAAGGACCAGGGGCUAGAAAAUUUGACAUGUCCUCCCUGGGAUUUCCGCCCAUGACUGAUUCUCACUAGAGGCUGUAUCUGUUGUUAUGUGCAGUUAAUCAUAAUUUUGAAUUUAUAUUACAAUCGAUGACAAAAAAUGUGUGACAGGACAUAAAGGAGAAAGUUUCACCAAAAGCUAUAAUUGUUAAAGAACCUGUACAC